AUGGCCAAGCGCCUCUUAAUAUCCCCUGGAUUGCAUUACCAUUUUCCUGGGACUCAGGUGGCCUCGAUGGAGGUUCUUUCGUUCCGGGCCACGGCCCGCCACCAGGCCAGCGUGCGCCAAUUCUCCUCCAAGUCCUGGAGGCAAUACCGCAAAGAAAACCAUCACAACAAUCAUGACCAUCAUGCUCGAGGAAGCUUUGGAUCACGGCUACGAUUUGCUCUGCGGAAUACCAAGGUGGAGUGGUAUCCGAUCCCGGUCGGACUCGGGAUCGGGCUGCUGGGAUUGCUCCAUUUCUACAAGACACAACGCGCGGAACGCGACCGUCUGUCCCGGGAUACCGAUGAGGAAGAAUGGGAGAACGGAAAACGACCACCGCGUCGUCCGCGCAUCGUGCCCACGGGCUCCUGGCAGGUGCAGAUCAUGUCGACAUUACCCCUGAAGGCCAUGUCGCGACUAUGGGGCCAGUUCAACGAAAUCGAGCUUCCCUACUAUUUCCGGGUGCCGGGGUUCAAGUUAUACUCGUGGUUCUUUGGCGUCAACCUCAAUGAGGUGGCGGAGCCCGACCUGCACACCUACCCAAACCUGGCGGCCUUCUUCUAUCGCAAGCUGAAGCCCGGCGUUCGGCCACUCGAUCCCGAUCCUCACGCGCUCUUGUCUCCUGCGGAUGGUCGAAUCCUACAGUUUGGAAUGAUCGAACGGGGUGAGGUCGAGCAGGUCAAGGGGAUGACCUAUAACUUGGAUGCCCUGUUGGGUGCAGCCACACCGGCGCACGCCGACCAUUCCAAGCGACUUGUCGACCAACCCUCGGAACCGACCCAGAAAGAUGUCGAGAAUAUGGCUGCUCAUGAGGAGUUUGCUCGCAUGAACGGCAUAUCAUACACCCUGCCUACUCUUCUGUCCGGCGAGCCCGGGGCACCCGCUCAACGGCGGGCUUCGUUAGAUGCGUCCGUGGCAUCCAAGGCGACCUCCGAGAUUCAGGUGCAGGAGGAACUGGCCCGUGGCGAUGGCACUCCGUGGUAUGCCCCUAAGAAAGCUGCCAAUCAUGCAUUGUUCUACGUGGUGAUCUACUUAGCGCCGGGCGAUUACCAUCGCUUCCACUCGCCCACACCCUGGGUUGUCGAGAGCCGUCGUCACUUUGCGGGUGAACUAUACUCGGUGUCUCCAUAUCUGCAACGGCAUCUGCCAGGCCUCUUCACCCUCAACGAGCGCGUUGCUCUCCUCGGACGCUGGCGGUGGGGAUUCUUUAGUUACACGCCGGUGGGGGCGACCAACGUUGGAUCCAUCAAGAUCAACUUUGAUUCGGAGCUGCGAACCAACAGUCUUUUGACCGACACCGCUGCGGACUUGGCAGCAGCCUUGGCAGCCAAGCGGGGAGAGCAGUAUCCAGGGUUUGUCGAAGCUACCUAUCGCCAUGCCAGUCGAACCCUCGGUGGACACCCCCUCCAGCGUGGAGAAGAGAUGGGCGGGUUCCAGCUUGGCAGCUCGAUUGUGCUCGUUUUUGAGGCACCGCUGGCAGCUCGCAAAUCCUUCGAUGCGGGCUGGCCGGACCAGAACCAAAGUAGCGGGUGGACAUGGAGCAUUGAAAAAGGCCAGCGGGUCAAAGUGGGCGAAAAGCUGGGGGUUGUUGGAGAAUGA